GCCGGGGCCAACGGGGCCAGCGACUGAGACCCACGGCGGCGGGCGGAGUGGCCCAGAGCAACGCGGCUCCAGCGCGUGGUUUCGCCGAGUCCUUCCCUCCGAUCCAGUGCGUCCCCCGGGCGCUGCAGCCGCUCCAGCUAUGGACCCCCGGCGCCGCGCCAGCCCAGGGAUCGCUGUCGCCUGCUGCUGGCUCCUCACCGUUCUAGGCUUCUGCAUAUCAUUCAAUGUUGAUGUGAAAAACUCAUUGACUUUCAGCGGCCCAGUGGAGGACAUGUUUGGAUAUACUGUUCAACAAUAUGAAAAUGCAGAAGGAAAAUGGGUGCUUGUUGGUUCUCCUUUAGUUGGACAACCCAAGAACAGAACUGGAGAUGUCUAUAAGUGUCCAGUUGGGAGAGGUGAAUCAUUACCUUGCAUAAAGUUGGAUCUUCCAGUUAAUACAUCAAUUCCCAAUGUCACAGAAGUAAAGGAGAAUAUGACAUUUGGAUCAACUUUAGUCACCAACCCAAAUGGAGGGUUUCUGGCGUGCGGGCCCUUAUAUGCCUAUAGAUGUGGACAUUUGCAUUACACAACGGGAAUCUGUUCUGAUGUCAGCCCCACAUUUCAAGUCGUGAACUCCAUUGCCCCUGUACAAGAAUGCAGCACUCAGCUGGACAUAGUCAUAGUGCUGGAUGGUUCCAACAGUAUUUACCCCUGGGAAAGUGUUACAGCUUUUUUAAAUGACCUUCUUGAAAGAAUGGAUAUUGGUCCUAAACAGACACAGGUUGGAAUUGUACAGUAUGGAGAAAAUGUAACCCAUGAGUUCAACCUCAAUAAGUACUCAUCAACGGAAGAGGUGCUUGUUGCAGCAAAUAAAAUAGUCCAGAGAGGUGGCCGCCAGACGAUGACAGCCCUUGGAAUAGACACAGCAAGGAAAGAAGCUUUCACUGAAGCCCGGGGUGCCCGAAGAGGGGUUAAAAAAGUCAUGGUAAUUGUGACUGAUGGAGAGUCCCAUGACAACCAUCAACUGAAUAAGGUCAUCCAGGACUGUGAAGAUGAAAGCAUUCAGCGGUUUUCCAUAGCUAUUCUUGGCAGCUAUAAUCGAGGAAAUUUAAGCGCUGAAAAAUUUGUGGAGGAAAUAAAAUCAAUUGCAAGUGAACCCACGGAAAAGCAUUUCUUCAAUGUCUCUGAUGAAUUGGCACUAGUCACUAUUGUUGAAGCUCUGGGAGAAAGAAUCUUUGCCCUGGAAGCUACAGCUGACCAGUCGGCAGCUUCUUUUGAGAUGGAAAUGUCUCAGACCGGCUUCAGUGCUCAUUAUUCACAGGACUGGGUCAUGCUUGGAGCAGUAGGAGCCUAUGAUUGGAAUGGAACAGUCGUCAUGCAGAAGGCUAAUCAAAUCCUAAUUCCCCAAAACACAACCUUUAAUGUUGAGUCUACCAAAAAGAAUGAACCUCUUGCUUCUUAUUUAGGUUACACAGUAAACUCCGCCACUGUUUCUGGAGAUGUGCUCUACAUUGCCGGACAGCCACGGUACAAUCAUACAGGCCAGGUGGUCAUCUACAGGAUGGAGGAUGGAGACAUCAGGAUUCUCCAGACACUCCAUGGAGAACAGAUCGGUUCCUACUUUGGAAGUGUUUUGACGACAGUUGACAUUGAUAAAGAUUCUAAUACUGACAUUCUUCUAGUCGGGGCACCUAUGUUCAUGGGAACAGAGAAGGAGGAACAAGGAAAAGUGUACAUCUAUGCUCUGAAUCAGACAAGGUUUGAAUAUCAAAUGAGCCUGGAACCCAUGAAGCAGACUUGCUGUUCGUCUCUGAAGCACAAUUCAUGCACAAAGGAAAACAAAAAUGAACCAUGUGGGGCUCGUUUUGGAACAGCUAUUUCUGCUGUGAAAGACCUCAAUCUUGAUGGAUUUAAUGACAUAGUGAUAGGAGCACCCCUGGAAGAUGAUCAUGGGGGAGCUGUGUACAUUUAUCAUGGAAGUGGCAAGACUAUAAGGGAAGAGUAUGCACAACGUAUUCCAUCAGGGGGAGAUGGCGAGACACUGAAAUUUUUUGGCCAGUCUAUCCACGGAGAAAUGGAUUUAAAUGGUGACGGUCUGACCGAUGUCACUAUUGGGGGCCUUGGUGGUGCUGCCCUCUUCUGGUCCCGAGAUGUGGCUGUAGUUAAAGUGACCAUGAAUUUUGAACCCAAUAAGGUGAAUAUUCAAAAGAAAAACUGCCGCGUGGAGGGAAAGGAAACAGUAUGCAUAAAUGCCACAGUGUGUUUUGAUGUGAAAUUGAAGUCCAAAGAAGACAGGGUUUACGAAGCUGAUAUGCAAUACCGUAUCACACUAGAUUCUCUAAGACAGAUAUCACGGAGUUUUUUCUCUGGAACUCAAGAGAGGAAGAUUCAAAGAAACAUCACAGUUCGAGAAUCAGAAUGCACUAAGCAUUCCUUCUACAUGUUGGACAAGCAUGACUUUCGGGACUCUGUGAGAAUAACUUUGGAUUUUAAUCUUACCGAUCCAGAAAAUGGGCCCGUUCUUGAUGAUUCUUUACCAAAUUCAGUACAUGAAUAUAUUCCCUUUGCCAAAGAUUGUGGAAACAAGGAAAAAUGUAUCUCGGACCUCGCCCUGGAUGUCUCCACCACAGAAAAGGGCCUGCUUAUUGUCAGGUCCCACAAUGAUAAGUUCAAUGUUAGCCUCACAGUCAAAAAUAAAGAGGACAGUGCCUAUAACACCAGAACCAUAGUGAAUUAUUCUCCAAAUCUAAUUUUUUCAGGAAUUGAGGCUAUCCAAAAAGACAGUUGUGAAUCCAAUCAUAAUAUCACAUGUAAAGUUGGAUAUCCUUUCCUAAGAAGAGGAGAAAUGGUAACAUUCAAAAUAUUAUUUCAGUUUAACUCAUCUUAUCUCAUGGAAAAUGUGAUUAUUCAUUUAAGUACAACAAGUGACAGUGAAGAGCCACCUGAAGCCCUUUUCGAUAAUGAAGUAAACGUUUCCAUCCCUGUAAAAUAUGAAGUUGGUCUACAGUUUUACAGCUCUGCAAGUGAAUACCAUAUUUCAAUUGCGGCCAAUGAGACAGUCCCUGAAAUUAUUAGUUCUACCGAGGACAUUGGAAAUGAAAUUAAUAUCUUCUACUUGAUUAGAAAAAGUGGGCAUUUUCCAAUGCCAGAACUUAAGCUGUCAAUUUCAUUCCCCAACAUGACAUCAGAUGGUUUUCCUGUACUGUACUCAAGUGGGUGGUCAUCUUCUGAGAAUGUCAACUGCAGACCCAGUAACCUCCAGGAUCCUUUUGGUAUCAACUCUGGGAAGAAAAUGAUAAUAUCCAAAUCUGAAGAUCUCAAACGAGGCACCAUUCUGGACUGCAGUGCAUGUAAAUUUGCCACCAUCACAUGUAAUCUGAUUCCUUCUGACAUGAGCCAAGUGAAUGUUUCACUUAUCUUAUGGAAACCAACUUUUAUAAAAGCACAUUUUUCCAGCUUAAAUCUUACUCUAGGGGCAGAACUUCAGAGUGAAAAUACAUCACUAGUUUUAAGUGCUGGCAAUCAAAAAAGAGAGCUUGCUAUUCAAAUAUCCAAAGAUGGGCUACCAGGCAGAGUGCCAUUAUGGGUUAUCCUGUUGAGUGCUUUUGCUGGAUUAUUGCUAUUAAUGCUGCUCAUAUUAGCACUGUGGAAGAUUGGGUUCUUCAAAAGACCACUAAAGAAGAAAAUGGAGAAAUGAAAUAUUUUAGAAGAAAUAAUUAUUCAAUGAUCUAUCCUCAGGUUUGCCUCAAAUAUGUGACAAGAAAUUUAUAAAUACAAUUAAAGACAUAGUCACAUAACUCUACAUAAUCCAUCAGGGAUUAAUCAUUUAGAAAAUGACAGAUCAAGCAAGAUCCAAAAACAAUACAUUAAAGCUUUAUUUUAUAAAAUGUUGAAAAAUA